UAGAUUUCCUUGCAAUCUCUUCUUCGAAGUGUUUCAGGGUUUUACUUAAAGGGUACAGAAAAAACCAAAGAAACAUUUCUUUUCGCGUGUUCUUGUGAAAAUGGCGGAUGUUUUGGAUCUUCAAGAAGGGACCGGCGAAGAGUUCGAAGUUGACGAAGAAGGAGACCAGGGCUUGCAGAAACUGAAAGAAAAAGCAAAAAGAAGAAAAGGAAGGGGAUUUGGUUCAGAUGGACCUACCAGGAGUGGUGUUGAAGAAUAUGAGGCAAUGGAAGUGGAUGAUUCUGAUGGUGGUCCUGGUCCACAGAGAUCUGUAGAGGGCUGGAUCCUGUUUGUUACCGGUGUUCAUGAAGAAGCACAAGAAGAUGAUAUCCAUGAUAAAUUUGCAGAUUAUGGUGAAAUUAAAAAUCUACACAUUAAUUUAGACAGAAGAACAGGUUUCCUUAAGGGUUAUGCUUUAAUUGAAUAUGAAACCUUUAAAGAAGCACAAGCUGCCAUGGAUGCAUUGAAUGGAUCAGAUUUCUUUGAACAAAAAAUUAACGUUGAUUGGUGUUUUGUCAGAGGUCCCAGAAAACACAAAGGAAGAAGAGGAGAUGAUCGGCGGAAAAGAUGAAAACUGUACUUCAUUGUUUUAUUUUAUUUUAACAACAUCAUGAUAUGAUUAUAUAAAGUCCAGCAAACAACAUUAUGAUAUGAUUAUCUAAAGUCCAGCAAAUUUUGUAUUUCUCUUACCAAGUAAACCUAUAAAUACUUGAUACUUAUGAUCAAAAAUGAAUGUAAAAACUGCAAUGGUUAUUUUUAGAUUUAAAAAUCAUUAACUUUAAGAACAUAAGGACACAUCAUUCAUUAUUUUCAUUUAUUAUGCUGUCGCUUUGUGUACAUACAUGUCAACAUUGAAACUGUAAAUAAAUAUUGUUCUAAAAA